AUGUCCACUAAGAAGCACACCAAGACACAUUCCACUUAUGCAUUCGAAAGCAACACCAACAGUGUUGCCGCCUCACAAAUGAGAAAUGCGUUGAACAAGUUGGCGGAUUCUAGCAAGCUUGACGAUGCGAGCCGCACCAGGUUUGAAAACGAACUGGAUUCGUUUUUCACUCUUUUCAGGAGGUAUCUGGUGGAAAAAUCGUCCAGAACUACGUUGGAGUGGGACAAGAUCAAGUCUCCCAAUCCGGACGAAGUGGUCAAGUACGAGAUCAUUGCGCAGCAGCCAGAAAAUGUGGCCAACCUGGCCAAAUUAGCCGUUUUGAAGCUGAACGGUGGGCUGGGUACCUCUAUGGGUUGUGUUGGUCCUAAAUCCGUCAUUGAAGUGAGAGAGGGGAACACCUUUUUGGAUCUUUCUGUUCGUCAAAUUGAAUAUUUGAACAGACAGUACGACAGUGACGUGCCAUUGUUGUUGAUGAAUUCCUUCAACACUGACAAGGACACGGAGCACUUGAUCAAGAAGUACUCCGCUAACAGAAUCAGAAUCAGAUCUUUCAACCAGUCCAAGUUCCCAAGGGUCUACAAGGACUCUUUGUUGCCCGUCCCAACCCAAUACGACUCUCCACUUGACGCCUGGUACCCACCAGGCCACGGUGAUUUGUUCGAAUCUCUACAUGUCUCCGGCGAGCUGGAUGCCUUGAUUGCUCAAGGAAGAGAGGUAUUAUUCGUGUCCAACGGUGACAACUUGGGAGCCACCGUCGACUUGAAGGUUCUGAGCCACAUGAUCGAAACGGGCGCCGAAUACAUAAUGGAAUUGACCGAUAAGACUAGAGCCGACGUCAAGGGUGGUACGCUAAUCUCGUAUGACGGUCAAGUCCGUUUAUUGGAAGUCGCGCAAGUGCCAAAAGAGCACAUCGAUGAAUUCAAAAACAUUAGAAAGUUCACCAACUUUAACACAAACAACCUUUGGAUCAACUUGAAAGCUGUCAAGAGGUUGAUCGAAUCAAGUAACUUGGAAAUGGAGAUUAUUCCAAACCAAAAGACUAUAACAAGAGACGGUCAUGAAAUCAACGUUUUACAGUUAGAAACCGCGUGCGGUGCUGCCAUCAGACAUUUCGAUGGUGCCCACGGUGUUGUCGUUCCAAGAUCGAGAUUCUUGCCCGUCAAGACGUGUUCCGAUUUGCUGCUAGUCAAGUCCGAUCUGUUCCGUUUGGAGCAUGGUUCCUUGAAGCUAGACCCAUCCCGUUUCGGUCCAAAUCCGUUGAUCAAGUUGGGCUCUCAUUUCAAAAAAGUUUCCGGUUUCAACGCAAGAAUCCCUCACAUCCCCAAAAUUGUCGAGUUAGACCAUUUGACCAUCACCGGUAACGUGUUCUUGGGUAAGGGCGUCAUCUUGAGGGGUACCGUCAUCAUCGUUUGUUCGGACGGUCAGAAGAUCGAUAUUCCAAACGGUUCCAUCUUAGAAAACGUCGUUGUUACAGGUAAUUUGCAAAUCUUGGAGCAUUGA